AGAAGGGUUUCAGUGUGAGUGCACCGCGAGCUGCUGUGUGCACAGUGUCUGAGAGGCAGGGCUGGGCGCUGGGCAGGACGCGCUCAGUCAUGACCGGGUGAGCAGGGAGACAGGAGCGCAGCGCGGAGCGGAGCUGCAACACAUCCUCGCUCUGCAAACUUCUACCAACAACAGCCGAGGCUUCACUUCACACUCUUUGUUUUGACGCGAUGGAGAACUGUGCUGGAGUUUCAUGAUGCAGCAUCACAGGCUGGAUUUGGAGCAGACGCAGUGGGACUGGAUUACCUCUGGAUGAAGGGAAGUUUUUUGCAGGAUUUGUAAGCGGGCUCCUGUUGGCACUUGUUGGCUCUUGGGGCCCUGAUGAUUUGAUGUAUUGAUCUUGAAUGCCUGGUGUGGUUCUCGUAAAGGCGCACAGAGUCCCAGCCUCCCGCUGUAAUGGCAAACCUCACCAUGGAUAACAUGACAGUGCUGAAUGACACGUCGGUGCAGGACAAUCACACCCUGGGCCAAUGGACAGACUACACUGUAGAGUACAAGGUGCUCAGUGUGUUCUUGGUGUGCCUCAUAUGCGGGGUGGGGAUCGUGGGGAAUGUGAUGGUCAUCCUGGUGGUGCUGACCACCAAACACAUGCGCACUCCCACCAACUGCUACCUGGUGAGCCUGGCCGUGGCCGACCUGAUGGUGCUGACGGCCGCCGGGCUGCCCAACAUCACCGACGCCCUGUACGGCCAGUGGGUGUACGGUUACGCGGGGUGCCUGGGGAUCACCUACUUGCAGUACCUGGGGAUAAACGCGUCCUCCUGCUCCAUCACCGCCUUCACGGUGGAGCGCUACAUCGCCAUCUGCCACCCCAUCAAGGCGCAGUUCCUGUGCACCUUGUCCCGGGCCAAGAGGAUCAUCCUGCUGGUGUGGGCGCUCACCUCCGUCUACUGCGUCAUGUGGCUCUUCCUGUCGGACACCAAAGAGUUGGUGUACGACAACGCGGUGCUGCUCAGCUGCGCCUACAAAGUGUCCAGGAGCCACUACCUGCCCAUUUACUUCACGGAUUUCGCGGUGUUCUACGUGCUGCCCCUCAUGCUGGCCACGGUCCUGUACGGGCUGAUCGCCAGGAUACUGUUCCUGAACCCGCUGCCGUCCGACACAAAGGACGGCAGCACCAAGAAGUGGAAGAGGGAGAUGAGCCAGGGAGGGAGGAUGAUCAGCUCCGGGGGCUCCAGCAGCACCACGGCGGCCUCCCGCAGACAGGUGACCAAGAUGCUGGCUGUGGUGGUGAUCCUCUUCGCCUUGCUGUGGAUGCCCUACCGGACCUUGGUGGUGGUCAACUCUUUCCUGGACAAGGCCUACCUGGACACCUGGUUCCUGCUCUUCUGCCGUCUCUGCAUCUACUUAAAUAGUGCCAUCAACCCGGUCAUCUACAAUGCCAUGUCCCAAAAAUUCCGUGCCGCUUUCAAGAAGCUGUGUCAAUGCGGCACCCAGCGCAUGGAGAAACCAGCCUCUUACAGUGUGGCACUCACCUACAGUGUCAUCAAGGAGACGUCCAAUGGUGAAAGUCCCGACCACUUCACUACAGAAAUGGACGCGUUCAACACACCAGCAGAUCAGUACCGACCCACCAAGAGGAUACCGUAUGUGGAGCCUUCCCCUGGCGGUGAUGUCAAAGUAUGAAUAAAACCAAACAUGCUCCACCGAUCAGCAGAUAUCAGAGACUGACAGCUGCAGUAUGGAUUAAGUCACCCAGUGGACAGUCCAGUCAGUUCUAAUUUAUCUGAGGAGUUUUCUCUCUGAAAUGUUUCGUUUACUUGACAAGCCCAUUUACCAGAUGCCAGAUAGGUAGGAGAAAAAUGAGCUGCUUUGUAGUUUUUUAGUAUUCUGUACAGAAAAACUAAAAAUUAGUUAUCAUGAGCUGUUUGGUACACCUGCACAGCACUGAAGAGCGGAAAACACCUUUUUAAUGAAAUGUGGCUGGAAAAUGGGAAACAUGCACCCAACCCUAAUAGUAUAUGAUGUAAUGCAGAAACAUGUUUUGUAUAAACAUUAACCCAAACUGUCACAGAAAAAACUUGCAUGAGAGCAGCAUGAGAGCAGUUAAUCAUCACCUUGGUUUGGUUUAAGCAGACUUCCUCCACAUUUACAGUAGCAGCCUCUGUUGAACCAGUGGAUAUUUUAGGGCUGGGUAUGUCAAUAUUUAUUAAAAUAUAAGUUUAGUUAAUCAUAUUCUGUUCAGCUUGAAAUUCAAAUGUAGUAAGGAGAAAAUUUGAAUCAAGCACAUAGUGUGGUUUGUUGCCUCUGUGUUUUCUGAAUAUCAUAUCUAAUGGGGAGAGGUGUAGCCAAAGUAUCUCCACACCACACGUAUUUCUACCUCGUGAGCACUUGAGCUUUUGUUUUCUGUGCGAACACGGUUUCCUCGAAGGCAUCUUUAACUCAACCAACCUAUUUAGGGAAGGUUUGUAUCGUUGGGCAGUAACACAAAACAAUUUGCAGUAACUUGAUGGAUUUGUGUGUUUACAACUCGGAAUUACUAAUGAAAAUUCAAAGGGAUUGCAUUUGUCACUAACUGUCUUAGUUGGGGAGGCAAUUAGCUAUUAGGAAGAUAAUGCUCUUCCCAGCGACUGACAUUAUUUUACAUACAUUCCUUUAUUAGCUACUUUGCUCAUGUCAAUCAACUGGGUAAGGCUACAUUCAGGAAUCAGUUAUUAUAGCUGCAGAGUGUUGAACAAUAGACUAUAUAUAAAGAUGGACAAUGGGCCACCAUCUUGCACAUUUGGUGCCAGAGUCUGCACAGUAGUGAUAGGGGGAGGGAGCCGAGGCAGCAAGGUCCAGUCGCUCAGCUGUCAAUCAUGACGUUUCACUCUGAUUUUAUCGCAUCGAAUAACUAACCAAAACCAAACUUACCCACAAAUAAGAUAAGAACUACCUGAAAUGACAGAAACCAUCUUUGAGAAAAAUCUGUAUGUACUUUGACUUUGCAGUUUGGCCCAUGUCCACUAACAUGGAGGAUACAGGAUUUAUGACCUAUACUGCAGCCAGCCACUAGGGGGCUUCUGUGAACCAUGGAGCAGUCGUGUCAUCCAUCUUUGUAUACAGUCUAUGUUUUGAACCCUGCGGCUCCCCUGUGAGGACAGGACUUUCACGCAGUAAUGGUAGCGAAUUUUAACUAGCUGUUGAUUGUGAUUAAUUACAGGCUUUUUGGCAAAGCACAAUAUCUUAUUUUCUAUAUUUGUUUGAGCUUUUAAUUGUUUUCUUUCUCUGCACUUGGUAUAUACAUAAAAUGUAUUAUGUGUGUGUGCGUGAUGUAACUAAUUAGAUUUUCUUUUGAGUAAUUACUAAAGAAAGUAUUUUUAAUAUGUUUUGUGUAAAUGUUUACGCAAACUGAAUAUGACAGCUUUGUCUUCGUGUUGGGUUGUUGACAAGCAAUGCAAGUUAUUGCCAGUAAAUCAGUGUCUAAUGUUUUUAAUCAUGGAAAUGUUCUUUUCUGAUCAGUGUUUAUAUUGUUUCCAUCACCCAGCCCUAGGAUAUUUUUGUACCAACAGUACCAGUGCUUAACAGAUUACUUGUAGCAAACAAACGUCCUCUUUGUUCAUGUACCUCCCCAACAGAAGCCAUGUAAUCCAAUUGACUCGAAAUGCUCAACACCGUGACAUUUUAAUCUUGCUACUAGAGAGAAAAGCACUGACAUGGAAUUACAUGACCUUUCAAAAAGGUCCAAGCAAAGAAAGGGACGGACAUCAAGGACACAUGAACCUGCUUUGUUGAUCGCCUAAAAUCUUAUGAUUUGAGAGAAAAAAACGACAUAUGUUUGCUUUGGUCUCUCUGAAGGCGACCACUGUGGACUCUCUGAGGAGCCAGUGAAGGACCGUGACCAAUGUAUAAUAAGGAUAUUAAUGAGGAAGAAAUGUGUAACCCCAAUGUGCAGAUGGCGAGGCUGGUUGUAAAAGGGUCAAAUAACUCUUGUGGCAGUAAAUCACGGAUAUUGUGUUAGAGUGCAGUACUUUUCUGUGAUUUAUCUGCCAGGCUAAACCACAGAGCAAUGACGGAAUGUGUAAAAAGAUCUCGACAAAGUGCCAUUCUUGAGCUGGUGCAAUUCAGUUUCUAAGUAAAGAGCUCACCCUGCCAUUAAAAGAGAGAGAAGUCCUGCAGUUUCUUUAGCCUGGUACAGGUGUAAAUUGAAGAGCACUCAGAGGGUAUGGAAACUGAGUGAACUUAAUGAAAUGGAAAUGUUUUCAUACAGAACAGCAAGCUUUUUCCAUCUUUAUUGUAGUUGUCUGAAAUUGAUUGUGAAGUGCAAUGUGAAGUUAAUUAAAUAUUGUGUUAUGUGGGUUUUUUCAUGCCAGGGAGUGCAUUUUUUUAAUAUCUCAUUUAAUCCACCAUUCCAUCGAUGUGUUUUCUAUCAUUUCAAACCAGUCAGUGGAAGCUAACAAUCUCCAGAGUGGAACGACUGAGAAGAUGUUGUUGUUGAUGGUAGAUUGUAGCGUAAGGUACCACUACUUUGUGCACCUUUUCCUCCCUUUUGUUGAGACAUAGUUCAGCUAAUAUUUUGGGGAACUAGAAGCUGUGUUGGAGACAUUUUCUGUUCUGCAUGGCACACAGUCUCCAGCAUGAACACAAGAUUUUGUGAUGUGAACACAAAGAUGAGAAAAAGCUGAAACCUGGUGUAUAUCCAUCAAAGACCAUGCUUUGUGCACAUUUCAGUCUAAAUGUAGCUUUUUUCUGCUUUUUGCUGUUUGAUGGAUUGUUUUGUAUUUUGUAUUGUUCCUUGCCUACAAUAAACCCACAAUAAUUGCA